AUGUCCGCCCGCAAGAUGAAGAUCGGCUGUGCCGGUCUUGGUCGCAUGGGCAAGCGCCAUGCCCUAAACUUCCUCGAACGCACUCCCCGGGCAGAGCUAGUCGCUGCCAGCUCGCCGGACCCUGUGGAACUUGAAUGGGCCAAGACAUACCUGGAGCCGCACGGUGUGCGGCUGUAUCAGAACUACGACGACAUGCUAAAGCAGGAAGGCCUGGAAGCCGUUGUGGUUGCAUCGGCGACCGCGGUGCACGCGGAACAGGCGAUCAAGGCGAUCAAUGCCGACAAGCACGUCCUGUGUGAGAAGCCACUGUCUACCAGCGUAGAGGUGUCCCAAUCCGUGGUCGACGCAGCUUUCAGGAAGCCCAAUCUCAAGGUGAUGUGCGGCUUCUCGCGCCGCUUCGACGAGUCCUACCGUGACGCCUACAACAAGACGCGUGCUGGCGCCAUCGGGUCCCCGUCCGUCCUGCGCAGCCAGACCUGCGAUAAGCUCGACCCAUCUGGCUUCUUUGUUGCCUACGCCCAAUUCUCUGGCGGCAUCUUCGUCGACUGUUCGAUUCACGACAUCGACCUGGCGCUGUGGUUCUUCGGUACUGGCAGCAAGGUCAAAUCUGUGUCGGCUGUAGGGAUCACCGCAGUUGAGCCCGACCUGCGCAAGCACAACGACCGCGAUAACGCCGUCGGCCUGGUCGAGUUCUAUGACGGCCGGAUCGCAUACUUCUAUGCCUCGCGCAUGAUGGCUGCUGGCCAGGAGGAUACCACUGAGAUCAUUGGCACCAAAGGCAAGGUUACGGUAAACACUCAGCCGGCGCUGAACCAUGUCCAUUUGUUUGAUGAUACGGGCAUUCGCCGGGAGGUUCCCCAGAACUACUACGAUCGCUUCGAGUAUGCGUUCGUGACCGAGGCGAAUGAGUUUACGGCUUCGGUGCUGGAUAAUUCCCCACUGCCGCUGGACUUGAUGGCUGCCGUGCAGGCGGUGCGGAUUGGAGCUGCCCUGCAGGAGUCCUUGAUUUCGGGGACGAAGAUCUUCUUUGACGAGCAGGGUAACCGGACCGAGGUUGCUCGUCUGUAA